UGUCACUUCGCUUGACAUGAUUCAAACUGUCAGUUUUAGAUGCUAUAUCCUAGAGGUUAGGGUUUUUCGUGUGUUUAUAAACAAAAAUCGUUUGCAAUGGGACGAACAAGAAAUAAACGCCGUUCAACCACCAAAGACAAUGGUAACUCUAAGAAGUCUAAGGCAGUGAAUGUGAGCAGUGAUGAUGAAUCGACGGAAGAAAAUAAUACGAUUAGCGAAUCGGAGAGAUCGGGGAGCGACACCGACACCAGUAACAAGAGAACUAAUGUUGCGAAGAAUGGUGGAGGUGAUGAUGAUGAUGAUGAGGGAUCGUGUGAAGCUGAACCCAGUGACGAUCAAAUAAAAUCUGAUACGGAUUCAGAUGAUAUGCCUCUGAUCAACGUUGCUAAGAAGGCAGAUGAGGUUGCAGCCAUUCUAGCUUGCGAAAGACGUUUUGGCCAAAAGAAAUAUCGUGUGAAAUGGAAAGACACCGCCAGAGGUCAAUCAUGGAUAUCUGGACAAAAAACGCUACGGCUCUGUCCGGAGGCUUUCCAUAAAUUCGUUGCAGAAGAGAAGAAAGCGAAUGAGAUCGAAGCAAUUUUGUCGCACAAAAACUACGGCGGCGAUAUGAGAUAUCUGGUGAAAUGGAAAGACCACACCAAAGGCGAAACUUGGCAGUCGGAAAGAACAAUCCGAAAAUUCGGUGGUCGAGAAUUCCGUAAACUUUUCAGACAGCUAAAAAAAGAAGAACCGAAGGACGAGGUGGAAGCCAUUGUGUCGCAUAAGAAACCUCAUGGCAAGAAAAAAUAUCUUGUUAAAUGGAAAGACCUUUCCAAAGGUGAAACCUGGGUGGGGGAAAAUCGGCUCUUACGAAUUUGCCCGCAAUUAGUUAGUGACUACGAAGAAGAGGUGAAAAGAGCGUUUCUGGAGGAAACCGAGGUGGAAGCAAUUCUUGAGCAUAAGAAAGCCCAUGGUCACAGCAAAUAUCUCAUCAAAUGGAAGGACCAUUCGAAAGGUAAAACGUGGGAAACAGCGACAAGAACCGCGGCAGUGGGCCAGGUUUUUUUGGAUCAAUUUGUUGAACAGAACCCAGACUGCGCGCCAGAACCAAAACGAAUUGAAUACAAACCUAAAACCCAACGGAAAAAGAGACGAAAACGCAAAUCCAGAGAAAUGGAGGAUGAAUGGGAAGACUCCGAUACAGACAUGGAGUCGCGUUACCUCAAGGUGAAGGAUAUCGUUGAAAUGUCAGAUGAUGACGAUGAAUCGUAUGAAUCGUAUGCGGAAGAUGGUUCAUCGAAUUCGGAUGUGGAAUGGGAAGUCGAACAGAUCGUUGGCGUUAAGAAGGUUAAAGGUGAAAGUCGACAAUAUUUGAUACGCUGGAAGGGCUACGGAGAGAAACAUGAUUCAUGGGAGUCAGAAGAGCAAUUGAACUGCCCGGAUUUGAUUAAGAAGUUCAACGGUGAGGUGAAUACGAAUGAGACACAAAGCGGUCGACAGACAGUCAAACAGAAAACGAGCACCAGUCGACACACUAAAAGAUCUGAUAAGAAACGAAAUUAAUUCAACUCCAUGGCCGUUUAAAUGCGGAAUAUCAAUAAUGCCAAGAUGUCCAGGCUUUGUGUUUUUUCUUUGUGUUUGAUUUUUUUGUGUGUUGACCCCGGAACGUGGAAUAAAUUUGUUUAAAGGA